UUUCUUUUUUUCUGGGAAAAAGGAAACUGCCGAGAAGAUGCGCGCUGUGUCAGAAAAUGUGUGCAAUUGAAAGGAUCAGCCACCAGAAAAUAAGCACCCCGUCGGUUCUUGAGAAAUCGCGUUUCUGUGCUGAAAUAAGAACAUUUAUUACCUAAAUAACAGGCCAGCUAACAUGGAGACCAUUGAACUGUGCAUGCUGCUGAGCACUUUGGCUGCAUCGGUGCAAACUUACCAGCUCCGAGAGGCCACCGUGUAUUGGGACGCUGCCCAGAAAAGGGUACUCCUCAAGGAGGGGGUGAUGGAGAGCGAGGGGGGGGCCUACGGGUUCUUCAAUGACACCCUGCUGCUCUCGGGAUGGGGCGUCCUGGAGAUCUCUGCAGGUCAUGGAGCAGGAAGUACGCAGGGAGACGAGACCACCUUCUUCCUGGCGGGGUACCUGGAGGGUUAUCUCACUGCUGGACAGAUGUUCAGUCAUUACUCCAACAUGUACCCUCAGUUCCUGAAGGAUGAGAAGGUUCUGAAUCCUCUGAAAAGGUUUUUAAGCAAGCAGGACCAGUGGUCCAGAGAGCAGGUGAGGCUGAGGAGGCACAGCGACCCCCUCUGGAAACACCUGGGACUGAUCCUGGCUCAGCUGGAUGGUCUCCAGGCCGGAGCGGCACGCUGGGCCAAGAGCAAACACAGAGAGCCUCUCUCAGCGUUCGCCCUGCAGUUUCUGAAUGGCGUUGGCGACCUCCUGGAUCUGGUCCCGGCUCUGACGCCUCGCUCCAACUCCUCCUCAGCGGCCGGCGCUCUCAGGACGCCGGGCAUGGGCCACUGCACAGCUCUCAUCAAGGUUCUUCCGGGCUUUGAGAACCUGCUGUUCGGACACUCCAGCUGGUAUACGUACGCAGCCACCAUGCGCAUCUACAAACACUGGGACUUCAGGGUGUCCGACACACACACCGCCACUGGGAAGAUGUCCUUUAGCAGCUACCCUGGCUUCCUGAUGUCUCUGGAUGAUUUCUACCUGCUGGGCAGUGGCCUUCUGAUGACCCAGACCUCCAUCGGGCUCUUUAACUCCUCCCUCUUCUCCCUGAUUGGUCCUCACAGCCUGCUGACCUGGCAGAGGGUCCGCCUCGCCAACAUCCUGGCUCUCAGCGGAGAGGAGUGGGCGCACAUCUUUCUCUUCUGUGUUUUAGGUACCUACAACAGUCAGUACAUGGUGGUGGACCUGAACCGUGUUUCUCUGGGUCGCAGGAUAAGAGACGGAGCGCUCACUGUGGUGGAGCAGAUUCCUGGGAAGGUGAUGCACUCGGAUCAGACUCAAGCUUUACGCAGAGGUUAUUGGCCGUCCUACAACAUACCAUUCCACGAGGAAAUCUACAACCUGAGUGGGUACAGUGCAAUGUGGAAGAGAUACGGAGAGGACUUCUCUUACGACCUCUGCCCUCGAGCUAAAAUCCUCCGCAGGGACCAGGCCAAGGUGUUCGACCUCAGCUCCCUCAAACACAUCAUGAGAUACAACAACUACAAGAGGGACCCCUACUCUAAAGGCCAUCCGUGUAAAACCAUCUGCUGCCGAAAUGACCUGAGACCACGGAGACCGCGUCCUGGAGGAUGCUACGACACAAAGGUGACAGAUUACCAGAUGGCGGUCCAGCUGGCGGCGGAGGCAGUAAACGGCCCCACGACGCAGGGGGGUCUGCGCCCGUUCUCAUGGCAAUCAUUCAACCUCACCUCCCAUCAUGGCCUCCCACACACCUACGACUUCCCCUUCGUCACUAUGAGACCAACACUGCAUCAUCCCUGAGAGCACAGAGACAGAACAUAUAGAAGCAAAUCCAAGAAUAUGUCGUGCUUUCCUGGUCAAAUCAGGAAUAACUGUUUGUGGCAACACUGAACAAAUCAGAUCGGUUUAUUACCAAGUAGAUUUACACAUACGAGGAAUAUACAAUGCUUUGGUUUAAAUGGUGCGUACAAAGACACCGAAAUUAUAAAAGAUAUUUUAAAAAUAUGUGAGCAACUGAGUACAGUCAAAAUAAAAUAGAAUAUCACAAAUACUAUAUUCAAAGUGGAACGAUGAGAAGGUUUAAAAGGUUGUAGUGUGGAGCAGAAAUCUGCAACAUGUGCAAAGGGUUGUGCAGGAUUUGCAAUAUUACAAAGUUUGGUUCGCAUGAUGUGCAUUCAUGUAAUGUUUUUAUGGGUUGGAUAAUAGUCACAAAAUUGGAAAACUGUCCCUGUGAGAGAGAGAGCUGCAGAAAUGAGUCCUAAAACUGGGAAGUUAGUUAGCAUUUUAGCACUUUUGGUUGAUAUUCUUUUAUGUAUUUUUGGUUAAAAGCCUGAGAUAAGGUCUCUGUUAACACAUGCUAGCUUCUGGGAUUGGACUACAAACAAUAUGUAAUCUCUGCAGAAGUCCAAGUAUAAAUACAACUAAAAACAAUGGGAAUUGAAUGGUUAAGAUUAUGGCCAUCAGAAUGUAUUUGUUUGUUGUUUUAAACUCUAUGCAAUGUUUCCUCAGGU